GCGUCAUUCAACUUCAUAUUAAGAGGUAUAGCCUUUAAUUAGAUUAAUUCAUAGCUGCAACGACUUUCUGCCAUAUUGAUCAGUAUAUAACAACACAAAUUUGAGGUAACAACGUUAUCAAUAAUACCGUGAGAAUAAAAUUAUCGCGUAACUGUACUAUCGGAAAAACCUUUUUGGGAGGUAAAUCAAGAUAUAAUUUAUCCAAAUCAGUAUAUAUCGUUCCUGAUACCGCUGUGAGAGUAAUUAUUGAUUUUUGUUCAUUUUGAGUUAGUUUGCUGGGUGUUCAUUCUAAAAUACUCAUUUGUUUAUUAUUAUUGGUACGGGCUAUUUUCAAUGUUUAUUAAUAUUCUACAUGUCAACUAACAUAUAAAGCAUAGAUCAUGAGUAGCAUGUUGCGAUUGGCUGUUUCUGGAAAGGCUGAGUCACAUUGUGUUGAUGGAGAUAUAAAAAGAGUUGCUGGCAACAUAAACGAAGCUACACUUGCUUAUCUUAACGCCCACAUUGCUGAUCCACAAUUCACGACUGUUCAUUUGAAUGUCCUGGAAUCAGAGCAUAAAUCAGAAAUAACAACAGUAUUAGAAGAAUGGUUGAAAACAGAUGAUGAAUCUCGUGCAAUCAGGAAAAAGUAUGGCGUGAGAGCCACACCAGAUGAGAUUUGGAGCUUCAUUUUCAAUCUUCAACCGCAAGCAGUAACAACUUGCUUUGCAAGGAUAGAACCUUUAUUGAAAGAACGUCGGUAUCAGCAGGUCAUAGACAGCUGCACAGCAAUUUUGAAUCAUUAUUCUAGCGACACAGCUCCUAUUUUACUCCAAAGAGCAUUAGCAUAUACGUUGAUGGGCAACCAUGAAAAGCUAGCAAUAUCCGAUUAUCUCAGAGCAUUCAUCAAGGAUAAAGACGCUACAAUUCAAGUGGUACGAAGUAAGCAUAGCCAACAUCUACCACAAAUUACAGACACCCUUCGUGACUGUGUUUAUUCUCAAGCACCAAAUACUUCUCUAGAAAGCAAGCAAAUGAAAAAAUGGCUUCAACUUACUGUGGAUUGCUGCAAGUUGCUGCUCACUCUGGAUCCUAAUAAUUUUCAACUUCAAAUGACAUACGUUGAGCGAUUGACGAAGUGGUCAAAGAUUGAACAAGCGGUUGCUGCUUUGAAUGAAUGCAUAGGCGUUCUUCAACUUGACUUAGAGCCGGACUCAAGGAAGCUGGCAGAAGCUUGGCUUCGACUGGGACAAUGUUCCAUGAUAAAAAAUCAAGCUGACCUUGCGACUACCCAUAUUACGCGAGGACUGAACGAAGCUACAGAUAAACAAGCAUCUGAUUUUAAUAAAGCAGGAAAACAAGCAGCUUCUGUGAACUCUAGUACAUCAACGAGUCAUAACGUUGAAUAUGAUAUCACGAUGACCUUCUUAGAAGACAAUCAUGAGGUGCAACAUACCGCUAAAUUAGCGCGCGAAAUACUUGGGGAAAAAUCGGGCGAACUGACUGAAGUGUAUGUCAUUCUCGAUAAAGCUGCCUCCCGACUAAAUCCUUCGGACAAAUUCGGUGGCGUAAUGAAGCUGGACAACAUAAGACAAGCCUUGGAUAUAUACAGAGCAAUAUUAGUGUUCAAACCAAGACACAGAGAAACACUAAUCAGGCUUGCUCUGUGCUACUCAAAGCUAGGGCGACACAACUAUGCGAUUAAGAUAUACGACUAUUUGCUAUCGAAAAAAGAUUACGCACAGGACAACGCCAUACUAUCUGCCAGAGCAGCAUGCUAUCGGGAGCUUGGCAAAAAGGUUGAAGCCCGCAAGGAUUACGACACUCUGCUUAGAGACUCGCCAAAAGAUGCCUCUCUUCUUUUUGAGCGCUCUCUUGUUCAUUUGGAAAACAAAGAAAUAGACUCUCUUGUGAAUGACUUACAGGCUGCAUGCAAGUCUAACCAGCGAACGGUUUCUAUUUGUAUGAACAAGCUUCCUCUCGCACAGCGAACGAAAAUACGACAAAUUUUGUUUGAACAUUCCAAAGCACUCCUACAAGAAGCGCAAAUGCCUGAUAUCGGGAAAAAAGACAGCAUCGAUACGAGUCCUAAUAGUGCUGGAUCGAUGGCGCUCACAAUAUCACAACUUUUGACAAAGCUAAACUCGGCUGAUCAUGCUUCUCAUAUUAUCAAAGCACAUGCUUUAUUUUUCGUCGGAAAUUUUAGUGAUGCUGAAGUUAGUUUGAAACGAUUAUUGCACGAUAAUGCUGAAAAUCCGGAUAAUCACAUGAUCAAACUUCACCUUGGUUUGUUGAGGAUUCUCACUAAAAGAACGGACGAAGGGAUGACAUCGCUAGUCGAGGUCUUGUCGUCUAACGGCGAGAGACUCGUUUCGAACCUGCUGAGGGACAUCCCGGUUUCAGAACGGGGUCGACUUUCCGAAGAGUCUCAUCAGUAUGCCAUCAAUAUUCUGCAAAAGAGAAGAGAUCAAGACGUUGUUCGAUUUGCUGCCCAUUGCUUUACUAUAGCUAUUUUGUGUUGUAGAGGAACUGAGCUCAUUUUAGAAGGUUUAAAUGGAGUCACCGGCGUUUGUAGAUCGUAUUUGGCAAGAGCCGAAUGCAUGGCACAUCUAGGAGAUCAACAAAGUGCAGUACUUGACUUUUCAGCUGCAUUGGAGGUUAAUCCAAGUUGCGUGGAAGGAUUGUGUGGGCGAUCUUUUAUGCGUUUGGCACUAGGAGAUGAAAACGAAUGUAUCGACGAUAUUGCAGUAGCUUGUGAGCUUGACAUAUUUACUGUAACAGCUCAUAUAAAUGCUCUGCCCGAUGAAGCAAGAAAUUUACUCGAAUUCUGGAUAGAUCACAGGGUUGUUGCUCUUCUUCUCAAUCACGGAUACAAAGCUGGAACUUAUGAUCGUUUGAAUACAAGUGGAUCACUUUCCACUAUCAGUAUUACUGAUGAAACUGCUUAUAAAGCGGAAUAUCAAGACUGUUCUAGACAAUCAUCGCUAACAUCAAUGGCGUCACCGACACCGUCCAAAACUAACGAAGCAAACAACGUUACAAAUAAUCAAACAAGCAUGGGAGAAAAUAUAGCACAGAAUGAAUCCCCCAAUGAGAAUAACACUGGCCCUAAGCCUGUAACUACAUUGAAAAAGAAUAGCGGGACGGAAACUGUAGUAGCCGAUGUACAUGCCUCAGAUUUUCUUGACGCAGAAACAGGCCUGAAAGACGUGCACGGACGCCAAGAAAAUGGAUACGCUAACAGACGACUUCAUAGAUCAUCGACGAGCUCGAGACAUAUGGAUGAAGAACUAUUGAAGAGUAACCCACCAGUGCUGCAUGAAAACUCAGGCGUUAAAGAUGAAAUGUCUGCUCAAUAUUCUAAGGAAGACCAGAAAUUACUCAAUGACAGUCGACAAUCAACUGUAACAACUAACGCUUCUUCUUUCGGAUAUGAUGACUUGAUAUCUGGAAUGGAAAAGGCGGAAUUGCUCAACAAAUCACAGUUGCUUGGAAAGCUGCUGAUAACUCUUGAUGGAGCUAACGCGUCCUGGCAUGGAAUGUAUGCGGAUAUACUUAUAGUUAAAGGUGAAUUUGACGACGCAUUGAGGCACCUACAAAUUGUUCUGCAGAUCACUCCUUCCGAUAUUACAGCAAUAGCUCGAGCUGGUCUAAUAAACGUAAAACAAAACAGAUAUCGGCCUGCUUGCGCAUUACUCAGUGUAUUGGUGGAAAUUGACAAAAAUGGAUUGGCUUAUGUUUUAAGAGCAUUGGACAGAUCAAGGCAAAGAAGACUGGCGGAGGAAGCGUUAAGUAUCGCCAAUUCAUUGAGUGCAAAUGAGAAUUAUAGCAAAGCAAUCGAUUAUUACGGACUAAGCUUGUAUGCCAGUGGAGAUAAACGUGCCGAAAAAUUACGUAUGAGAGCAAAAUGCUUCACAAAAAUUCGGGAAAUUAGGCACGCAAUUGAAGAUAUCACAACAGUCAUCAAGGAAUCUUCUAGAAAUAUAAAAGCCGGGGAUUAUUGUACAAGAGCUCAUAUCUAUCUUCUUGAUAAUAAGGAACGCGAAGCAUGUUUGGAUUAUAUGAAAGCUUUGAAGAUCGACAGAGAUGAGGCUUGCCUACAGAUUCACAGCAGGCCAGGCCGAAGCGCAUUGGCGCGGGUGUUCUAUCGACAGGCGCUGGAUGAAUAUGGACAUCACCAUUAUCAGGAUUCUUACGACUUGUGUGAAAACGGUUUGCUCAUUGAAGACAACAAUAUAGAUCUCCGUAAGCUACGAGCAAGAUCAAAACGGGAGAUCAGCAGUUGCACUAUUCAGUAGUUUGGUCUCGUGUAGGCAAACAAACUAAUGUGUAUACAAGAAUUUGUUGCCAACCGUAAACUGGUAUCAUUCCGCAGACUCAUGCUUCAUAGAGCACUUCUCAACAACGAAUUGCAUUGUCAUGCGUGAAUAAUAUAAUAUGACUUGCCUAUUCCUGGUGACGAUGUCAAUUUUGGGAUUUCAAAUAAAUACUUACUUUAAUAUUACUUUAUUUCCUUUUUAGUUAUUUUUUAAAGAAUCCAAAAUUCCAAAGUGCUGACCAUCAUUAUCAUGACAAAUAUACCUGUAUAAAACAGGCAUUGCAUUUCAAUGAACUGUCAUUGUUCUGAUUUAUGGAGUCUAUACAAAUUUUGCAAAAGAUACUAAAUAAAGGAAUGCGGUUGCACACCUUUUCACUUCCCUAUUUCGAAAUGAGUAUAAUCUAAUAUGUCAGGAUUUGUGUUUCCGGGAUCGUACACAGAUAAUACGGUAUUACAGGCAGUGAUAUUUCAUAUUUGCUCUUGAAAUAUAUGUUUUCUAUCCUCAAAAAUAUUCGGGGAAAUUGAUUUAGUAUAUUAAUCUUCUUUUGUUAGGAAUAUAGAUUGUGGUUCGCCUUAUAUAUGUGCGAGAAUCGUCCUAUUUCGUAUAAAGAGGGGGUUGUGCCACAUCUUGCCUGUAUUUCGGAUGUAUUCAGCGCUUUAUCGUAUUCAGCAAAAUCGAAAUCUUAUAAGGUUUUUUCCAUUGUUUGAUUUUUUUCAACUUCGUUUCGAUCUAACAGGUAUCCAGGCCGGAUAGCGACUGUCAAAACAGCGACUUAACUCGUGUUAGGACCUCUCUACACACGUAUGUACGCACAAACAGGCAAACACUGCGUAGUGAAAGAUUGAAACCAAAAGGGACUUUAAAACAUUUUAUUGGACUAACCCUAACGCUAUCAUAACAGUCGCCAUUAUGACAGUCGCUGUUUGACAGUCGCUCACUUGA